AUGAACACGCCGAAACUGCUAACGACGGUCUUGUCCCCUCCAUUUACCGUAUUAGAUGGGAUUCUUGAUUUUGCGCUCAAGAAUAAAGACACGAAGAUGGCGGACUAUGUCUACAAGACAUUAACGAUAACGAAUCGGUUAGAAGUUUAUAUCCAAAAGUGCGUCAGUGACGAGAUCCAAGGGACGUUGAGUGAACAAACGGCUUUUCGACUAAAUUCAAAGACAACGCGCUUGAUGAACAUCAUUUAUUUGAAUCAAGGAAUCGGCUUUUUAUAUCAUUGCUUAACUCCUUUGUUCAAUGAAAUACUCGAGAAGAAGAUUAAAUUAAAGCCACUUCGCCUGUGUAAAAAUGGCGACCCGGACUUGGUAACGUGCGCUCGACUAGUCAACUUGACCUUUCAAAAAACAUUUUCAAAUAUCGAGAACUGCCCCAUCAUCGUCAGAAGAGUCUUACGAAAAGUCUACGACGAACUCUCACUCAAAUUUCCGCAGAGUAAAACGUCGUGGGUGUGUUUGGGCGCUUUCAUAUUCCUCAGAUAUAUCUGCCCCGCUAUUAUACAACCACUCGAGUGGGGGCUUGCCUAUGAACCACCCACGGAUAUGGCAGAUACCUAUAUGCAGAUUUCCGUCGUCAUGCAGAAAGUCGCUAAUGUCAAACAUUCAGAUGUCGACGACCCGGUCGGGAGACUUACUGACAUGUUAGUCGAGUCUAAGAAGAUGGAGUACUUCAAUUUCGUGACUGAAUUAGCCAGCGUUCCUUACGAAACGAAGGUCGAAGAGUAUACCACAACGACACAACAGUUUAAUUUCUAUUUGGGCCAUUUGCAACAUUACUACCGAGAACACAGUAAAGAGAUAAUGGUCCACAUGAGUCAACACGACCAAGUCCAAUUUGUCAUGUUUGAACAAAUGAAUUUUAAUGGUGGGGAUGUCGAAGUGACGUUUCCUCGGAUUGUGUUGACGGAACGAGAGAAGUAUUUCCAGUCGAUCAAAAGUGAACGAGUCUUAGAAGAACUCAUUCAACGAAUAACACAGGGGAAGUCGAUCACUGCUUGGGAUUUAAAGUACUUGCAACACUGUUGUGAACUCGAAAGAGCUGUUUCAGGGGAAUGCACUAAGGAUUUGGUUAACGCACGGUUUAAUAGUUAUUUCCCGGGCAUUGUAACAUCGUCUAAUAUGCUCAUUUACCACGACGACUAUUCUCAAUAA